UCCAAGCUAGAGCGGCUAUUUCAAAAUGGCGGAGGCAGACGAAAAACAACUCGACACUAGCGGUAAUUGGGACUGUGGAAAGGCUACAAAGCAGAAGAGAAGGUUACCAGAAUGGAUGAAAAACGUCGUUUUAGACAAGGAUCAUACUGACUCGAAGAAAAAACGAAGAGAUCAACAGAAAACAACACUUGUUUCAGACCUCCCUGUUCUGAAGUUCACGGGUAACAUUGUGUAUUGUUACCAGAAGGAUGACUGUUCAUUUAUGUGUGAAGACAUCAUGACUACCUCAUCAACUGCUGACUAUAGCUGUGUUCUAGGGUUUGAUAUAGAGUGGCCGGUAACAUACACAGUAGGGAAAGAAGAGAAGACAGCACUGCUCCAACUCUGUACCUCUCACAAUAAGUGUUACCUGUUUCACCUGUCCUGUAUGCCUGGCUUUCCUGGGGGACUGAAGAAGCUUCUUGAGACUGAAUCUAUCAAGAAAGUUGGAGUUGGCAUUCAAGGGGAUGUGAGGAAACUGCUACGUGACUUCGACGUUAACAUGAAGGGAGGCAUGGACCUGUCCAGUCUGGCCAAUCAGAACACUCGGAGUGCAGAAAUCUGGAGCCUCGAUAACCUCUGCAAAUAUGUGUUAGAUGUGCUUGACGUUCUGCCUGACAGUGUAUAG